AUGUCAGUUGAUCGAGCUCAAAAGCAAUGGCUUUCCUUGUGCGCGAUAGCAUGGCUAUCAAGAUUAACUUCUGCAACAGGUCCAAUAGAACUGAGGCCGGACUGGUGGGAGGAAGAGCCGUUCUUGGCCCAUCAUCACACUCCGACUUCACAUCAUGAUGGCUUUGAUUCAUUAUUGACGCCAAGUUAUCUGAAUAACGGACGGAAGUUUUCGCCGUAUCCAGAACCUCUUCUUCAGUCGCCCUUGGAGCCGAGGCCUGUGGUUGAACCUUCGCCUUGGAACACUCCCUCGACCCAUUUCCAAGAUCCACUGGUCGGUCAUCACGAACCGCCUUGGAGCGCAGGACCGUCUCUCCCUGCUUCUACAAGCAACGCUCACGAAUUCGCUUGUCAUGAUCCUUUCAGCUAUGACGUGCUAGCUUUGAACAACCCAUUCUUCCUUCCCAAUAGUGAAGCAAUUCAGCGUCAUCCUGAGAGUCAGUCUGCCGAUUCAAUUCCAGCACUCCCCGUUGUGCCGCACAGAAGCUUGCAGGCUGGAGAUGUUCCUACGUCGCAUAGUGAUUGGGACCAAAGAACUGUUUCCCACCAAAGUUUAGACCAAGGCUUGUUGCCGCUUGGAAAUUUGCACGACGAUGUCCAUCAUGAAACAGUCAACUUCCACCCCCCUCAAGAUAUUCAUUCAGACUUGGAGCAGCCCUUGAGCGUCAUGGAUGAGGAGCAACCUCCGGCCAAGAUGCGAAAAACGUCCGCAAAGAAACCGACUCGGGAACAAGCCCUGGAAUCCGAACCACUUCCGAGCAGUAUGUUGAAGGGGAGACAAUUAGUAGAUCCUUUGCUAGUCGUCCACUACACAAAGUUCAAGAACCAAUGGAAUUCGGCGGAUUUCAAAUUGACGAGCCAUCAGCUUGUACCCCCACCUCUCCACCCUGAUGUACCUCUUGCGAUCAUCAGACAUGUGGAUAAGUUCCAACAGGAAUGGGGACUCGUACGCGUCCUAAACGCGUACUCUCGAAGCCUCCGAACCCAUCGCAAUAUCGAGCCAGCUUACAAGACCUUGAUUGCAUGGAUGAAGGACCAGUACAUAGCGAUUAUGAAUGGUUUAGAGAUCCCACAAGCCAACCAUAAUACUGAAAUAACCAGUCUAUUAUCCUGGCUCGACAAUCAAAUCUUUGCACCCGAAAACAGCGUGCCACUCGUGGGCAUCAUCCGGCCCCCAUGGCCUUUUGCGGAGGAGAAUGGAUCGCUUACUGCAGUCGGAGAGGUUCCGUUGCAAAUAUUGUACUACUUAUCCGGAUCCCGUAAGGCUAAAAAGCCAUCAGAUUUGGCAAGCUACUUGCUCCAACGCUAUCUUGUUACUCUUGGAGUUGAUCCUGAAGCUGUCACCAACUUGCCUGGAAAGUCCGUCAAAUUGAAACCGGUCGAAUUACCCAUGGACCCAUACUUUCAGGAGAGAUAUGAAUUUCUCUGGGGACUCUCUAGUAGACGACGGUUGAUACAAGGAGAACUGCCGGAUCUAGUACGAAGCAAGCACCCAGACUUCGAUCUGAUCAACUUGACCAAUCUCAAUUUCCAGCAGCUCUUCCGGGAGAGCUUUGGCAACUUUCAUCUGACGAUGCUCAGAGAAUCUCACUCAGAACUGCCGGUAGUUCUAUACUACUCAAAGCAAGAGCCCAACUCUGGAGUCCUAAGAAUCUUGCAAUUAUCCGACCAAUCCUACGUGAAUGCUCGACAGUACGAGCGAUACUUCAACUGUUUGAGCAAGGCGAUCCAGUAUCUCCACCAACAGCUUUCGAAGAAGCUUGGGCUCUCGCGAGAUCUCCAUCACCGCCGAUUGAUGACCAUCCUGACCUGGCUGACCUUAGAAACACUCGGCCCAACCGAAGGCAUCCCAAUCCUCGGCGCAAUCUCAGAUGCUACCAUCGCGUCCCAUUGGGGGAAAGGUCAGGUGACUCCCGAACUCCUGUUCCGCCCUGCUCAGUUGGCCAUGAUCAAAUACUUUUCGACGGUCCAGCCUAAAGUAGCAUAUGUCGAAGAGGCUCAUCGCACUGCAGCUUAUGUGGUGGGACGUUGGUAUCAGAGAGUUCGUCCAAUGGAUUUCGAGAAUCUUGUAAACUUGAAGGGGAAGUGA